UUCUCUAAUGACAGAAAAAUCUAAAAAAAAUGUAAAACGUCAAAACAGCAGUGCGGAUUCAAGCAAGAAUCUUCAAGCAUGCGUUCUUCCAAAUUUUCAGUGAUUUGUACUUAUUAACCAUGUCCACAGAACCGACACUAAAUGACAGGGUUCAAGAGGAAAGCAAGAUCUUCAAAGUGAUCGAAAAUUGCAGAGAAGUGGUACAAAAAAACAGUUUUGCUUUAAAACAAUCGUCCAGGGAACCAAUAAGCAAUGCAGCUCUCGAAAAUAUUGCACGUGAUAUGGCCUAUGUGCUACUAGACCUGAAAAAGGGAAUCAAGUUAAUCAAAUCUAACAAAACGAUAAAUUCCAAUACAAACGUUUUAGAGGAAAUUGAAAAUACUUACAAACAACAAGAAAUGGCAAAGAGCAAAAUGGAUGUUGAGCAACAAAACGCUAAAAAACAGACCAAUAAUAAUAAUAACAAAAACAAUAAACAAACCAAUCAAAACAAACAGCCUGUUGCUAACAAAAAUAAUAAAGCUCAGCCUCGAAUUGAACCUGGAAAUAGUCAAAGGAAUCGUUCAAAGUCUUUGGACAGCAAGUUUAGUGGUAAUAACAAAGUUGUAGCGACGAAUGUGACAAAUAUGACGUUCCCCCAAGAAAAGUCUUCUACAUCGAGGAAUACACAGCCUAAAAAUAAUUCAAAUGACAACAGGCCACACAGUUCACCGCAGCCUAGUUUAAAAAAAAGAUCCGCAUCUAUACCUCCAUCUAGGGAAAUAUAUAAUCCUCUAGGCAUAAUUAAGGAUGAAGUAGCCAGGGCUAUUAGAGACCGGAAAACCUUCACUAUAAAGGGCUUUUUUCCAGCUGUAAGAAGAGCUCUAUUGAAAAGAGGCUGGAUUGAGAGGUUUCAUCCCAGUUUAAAGGAAAUUAAUAACAACAAAAUUAAAGAAUUUUAUCAUAUGAACCUUACAGAGCUAGUUGGUCUACUCAAAAACAAAGAAAUAUCUGAGACUGUAAAAAAACUGAUCAAAUCGAAGUUGCUAAGUAAUAAUCAGGUAGAUCUUUACUGGGAUAAUACGUAUGAUGUUUUCAAAGAUUGUCCUGAUAACAAAAAGUUGACACUUAUUAACCAAUUUCGAAGAGAAGCAGCCAGUUACACUAGCAAGCAAGGGUUGUGUCAAGCGGCAAGAGAUGCACAUUGGUUACAGAUUCCUGGCGUUGCUAAAAUCAACCACCCAAGAUGUUACUUAUUAUGUAAGGGCGGAGAUACCAAGUACUUCGUCAAAGACUUCGGCCUGACAGCAGCCAUGUCCUUGCUGAAGUGGAUUGUCAAAAAUAACGUCACUGGUGAAUGCAAGAUAGCCAGCAGUACUGGAAAAAUUCCGAUGAGUUACUUCGAUUUUGCUCUCACCGAAUGUUACAAAUAUGUCAAGAGAGAAAAACACCAAGAUAUCGACGAGGAUAUAAGAGAGGCUUUGGAAAACGAAUGGCACGAGUUUCUCAAGCAGUUUUAUAAAGCAGUCCAUGUGGGAAAUCAUUUUAAACUACCCGAUGACGAGCUCAAUGCAGCAGAAGUAGUAAAAACUAUGGUAAGGAAGACCACCUAUGUGCUGAACGAAAUCCGCGAUCACAUGCCUUGCUUUGACAUGGAUGGUUACAUGAACAUAUGGAUAUUAAAACCUACCAAUAGUAGCAGAGGUGAAGGUAUCCAUAUUUGUAGAACCCUAGAAUAUAUUCUAGAAGUCGUGAGGAAGAAUCCUAACAGAAGAUACAUCAUCCAAAAAUAUAUAGAACGACCGUUCCUGAUUCAUGACACAAAAUUUGACAUAAGACAAUGGUUCCUUGUCAGCAAUUCAUCUCCUCUGACUAUCUGGAUGUACAAACUAUGUUACUUAAGGUUCAGUUCCCAAACUUACAAUCUAAAUAAUUUACACGAGUCCAUACACUUGACCAACAAUUCCGUCCAAACAAAGUACCAUAAAAAAACUGGUAGGGAUCCAUUGAUACCAGCUUACUGCAUGUGGGAUUCAAAGGAAUUCAAGAAUUAUCUGUCAAAUAUCGGCUACCCCGACAUCUACGAAAAUGUAAUAUACCCCGGAAUGAAAGAAUGCAUCACUGCGGCCAUGAUAGCUCACAGAGACAAAAUUGACAAAAGAAAAAAUUGUUUUGAACUCUACGGGGCAGACUUUAUGCUGACAGAAUCAUUCCAACCCUGGCUGCUAGAAAUCAACUCUAACCCAGCCCUGCACGCCUCCACACCGUUGAUGUCUAGAAUGUGCCCGGACGUACUAGAAGACGUCAUCAAAGUGGUCGUUGACAAUGCAAGAAACAACAGGGCCGAUACAGGCAACUUCGAACUUGUGUACAAGGACAAACUGGAAUACCAAAAAGUGAACGCGAAGGCUCAGUUCGAGGUCACCGGGUCUCCGCUAACGGAAGACUUCUGUGACGUAGCCGCAAAAACUAGUAGUCACUCCGAACGGAAUAGCUUUAAGCAACUCGAUCCCAGUAAAGCUCUACUGCACACCGGUGAAAAUAUGAAGAACGCUUUGAAGAACCUGCUUAAAAUAAUCAAAUAUGAAAAGCACAAAAGGCGGACAACUUGUAAAGAACAGUCCAUAGAGGUCAGAUCAAUGGCUGACAUCAACAUAAGCACCCAAACCAACUCUGAGAUACAAUCCCUUUACCAAAUCACGCUAGCAGAAGAGAGCUCUGAAUAUUCUGUGAUUAUACCAGAUUUAAGAAAAAACACAUAAAAAAAUAAAAAUGUUUUAUUAAAAUCAAUAUUAUAUAACUAGUUUGUCAAUAUAAAUAUUCCUAAAUAAAAGAA